UCCAUGACAGUGGACUGUCAGUGUGUUCUCGUUGGCACACAGGAUUCCACAUUGCGUCUAUUCGAUGCGCUGACGGGCGAACUGUUGAACAAAUAUUUCGGUCAUGUGAAUAAAACAUACAAAAUGGACAGUGUGCUGAUGAAUUACGAUGCGCACGUAGCCAGCGGUUCCGAGGAGCUCGGUCUUGUUUUCAUUUGGGAUUUCGUCCGAUCGAACGAGUCGUUGCUCACACUGGAUCACAGUCCCGGCGGACCAGCCUGGGGUUAUCUGCCAUUUAGUGAUAGUGCUGUAAGCUCGCUCGCAAUUGAGGCGGCAAAAUCGACCAAUUUUCUUGUUCACUCGUUGUCCGCCCAUCCCAAUCAGAGUCGUUUGCUCACAUCGGGCGGUGAUUUUGUGUGGCUUUGGGAUGCGGAGCCGGAUGUGACUGAUAAGGACCAGUCCGAUUCGAAUGCUCUAUAG